AGAUGGUGGACCAAUAGCUCAAAUAUAAUCAACAUAUGCACCACAUGGCUGUCAAUCUAAGGGAAUAUUGAGUCUAGCCAUUUGUAGAUGUAUCUCAGUCGGUUGGAUGAUGCCGAAAUCGCUCAUGCACCUCUCCAGGCAACCAGCAACACCAAAUGCCUCACUCAGUAUGACAUGCCUGUUGUUACACACAAUUCAGACUUUCAAGUCGGAAUUAAUCCAGCAUGGAUAAACUGAAUGACCUUCAGCGACUUCCGGUCUAUGUUUUCGAUGAGGUCCUGGAGCUGCUCCAUGCCGAUUCUGAGCUGGUAAGCUUGAGUCAAGUGAACAGAGAUAUGAACGAAAGGGUGACUCCUCUCAUAUACUCGCAUACAAUAAUCGACUUAAGCCCGCAUCUGAAUCUUAUCAAAGCGGAAGAUAUCGAAGAAGACGACGCAGAUAUGGACGUCCUGAUGAGCUAUAACUUGAUGAGUGGCCUUGCAAAUAAUUAUCGCCAGCAGUGCAGAUAUGUUCGAAAGUUGACUGUUAGAAAUGGGUAUACGAAAGCUAGUAACAAUGGCACCCGCUGGGGAGCUCCUGGUAAAGGCACUUACUUUGAUCCCAGCAGCCUUGCGAUAUAUUCGCCGUGGGUUCGGGCAAAUAUGAUAUUUGGGAUGGCACUACCCCGGAUGUCCAUGUUGUCUGAACUAGUAUGGACAGCCGAAAUGCCUCCUACCAACCAAUUCUUGAGGUGCUUGCCUCCAGCUCAGCUAAAAUCUUUGAUAUAUCGGUUUAGCAGCGACUUUUUCUAUCAUCUGAAAAUAGAAUGGCCUUCAGGAUUCACCCCGGGCCUAUGCGCAAUGAAGAGAUCUUCUCUUUCGUCUCUUGCAAUAACAGACAUCACAUCGCGGGAGACAACCGAAGAUGUGUCCAGCCUCCUCGUUGAUAAUAUGAAAAGUCUUAAAGAACUCAAACUGAGAUUUCUCGAAGAGUUCAACUUCGAGGACAAGCUCCUCAAUAUCGUCAAUCCGAUAAUUGAGCUACAGAGCCAACUGCGGCUUCACUCCUUACAUCUACGGAACGCCUUAUCUCCAGGAAUUCCAGGCUGGCUCGAAGGUUUUGACUUCACUUCUAUUCGGAGAUUUACCUUGUUGGAGGCAAAUACUAUUGGUACUUCCAAGUCGAAAAAGUUGUGGAAUAUCUUUCAGCGUAUCGGCCAACGCUUUGAAAGUCUCAUUACCAAUUGCGAAAACGAGGAAUUCAUUGAAUUCGUCGAGUCGUUCCAAGGACUGGAGCAGCUAAUUCUAUGUAAUCCCAUUAGGCCGAUCGACCAUUUCCCCAAAUUAAAUAAUCAUUUUGAGACGCUUAGAUGCCUCUUUUUACCUCAAUGCGAUCCGUGGAUAUUUCCCUCUGUAUUAAUCCUGGAGGUAAUGAGUAUAAUCUCGAGCUGCAAGCAGCUUGAACAGCUGUGUUUCACUUUAGAAUUCAAGGAUCAGGACAACAUAUUUGCCAUUCUUUCUGAUUUCCCGAACCUGAAGCAUUUAUUUUUCGAUCGACACGACGAUCUAAUGUGUGGAGAUGAUGUCAAACCUACUCCCGGCUCUACUGUGUUUAUAAAGGCGUUUUGCGACUUCUGCAAGAAUAACAGCACUGGGUCGACUUUAUUGAGCCGGCUUGAGCUAGUCGGCUAUUACCGAACUCUCUGGAGUAUAGACUCUAUUGGGCAAAUAGAUGCACAACGGGAAAGCAAUCAACUUAAGGAAAUUGAUGAAUCAGCACAACGGGCAAACGAUUCCGAGCCUCCAGGGAAGAUAGAUGAGGGCAACCCUAAUCUUGUACCUGUCCAGAUUGGCUGGGAUGACCACCUUGACGAUGAGAUGAUAUUAGCAGUUCAUACCUGGGUGGUGAAGUCGUCGUGGGAUGGUAUGGUUCAGUCAAGGAAAGAUCCGGAAUAUGUGAGACUAAAUGCGUAACUAUAUAUGUUAAAAAAUACUCACUUAUUUCCGCCCAUUGUC